CCACUCCACUCCCCUCCCCUCCCCCACUCUUUCAUCAGGGAGAAAAGAUCCAGCCACAGCAACUGUUCCGCUCUCCGAGAUCUCAGCUCCCCCAUCCCCCCUGCUCCUCCGGCAAUGCCUACAUGGGCGGCCACCCCCGUGCUCCUCCUGCUGCUGCUCCUCCUGCAGGGGAGGGGAGGCCACGGCGCCAUCGGCAUCAGCAGCCUCGACAUGGACAUGGACAUGGACAUGGGGGUGGAGGCGGCGGCGCACGGGCGGCUGCUGUGGGCGAGCGGCGGCGGGCGGAGGUACAUCAGCUACGACGCGCUGCGGGGGGACGCCGUGCCCUGCUCCCGGCCGGGGGUGCCCUACUACAACUGCCGCGUCAGCACCACCGCCAACCCCUACUCCCGCGGCUGCGAGUCCAUCACCCGCUGCCGCGACGACGACCCUUCCUAGUAGGUAAGCACUCUAGUAAUUGAUUCUCAAAGCUGGUGGAUCCAGAAGGCGGCCGCUGCUCAUUUUGUGUGUGUUUUGCUUGCUGGGCAGUACUAUUUGCUGGAUCAUAUAUAUCAAUAAUGUAAUGUGUCCGUGUGUGUACUGCGUAGUACGAAUGUAACUAAGAUCCGAUUCCAACUCCCAAGAUAUUAUCACACGGAGGAACCUGGAUUAUAUAUUUAUAUGGAGUGUUGUAUUAUAGAAACAUCCCAGGUAACAAUUGAUGGUGAAAUGUACUGGAUCCAGGCGGUGAUCCUCUGGUCUUUCCUGUACUAUGUUUUUUGCUGGGUGUCAGUAGGUGAAGUCAGUACCGAUUGAUGGAUGAAUAAUGUAGGCAAUACUGAACUUGCAGCGAUGCUGAAGCAAGGGAUGACACCAGAAGCAAACCGUCACUAGUGAGUUGAGAGUUUCAGAGUUUCUUAUGCUAGCAGUUUCCCAGUUCGUUGCUGGAUUAUGAAUCAAUGCCUAGAUAAUGAGCUGAAUUUUGGCGAUGACGAUACCGUUGUCGCUCCAUUCGUGUAAUGAGCUGUUGUGUCUGAUUGAGAUUCUGCUGCUGGAUUUCAUCAGUUGUCGGCAGCCGAUGGAUUUUUUUUUUUGGACACAGCCGAUGGAAGUUGAUUGCAGUGCACACUCGUGGCUGCUUUAUCCUUUUGCCGCAGA